AUGCGGCAUCCUUUCUCUUGCACCUGGCUUCUUGUGAUCGCAGAUGAAUGCUUGGCUCUUCAGAACACGGACUCGUUACAAUGCGCGGCCUCUUGGCGCUUGGUCUCCAGAGCCCUUUAUGGAGGUCAUUUCAUAUCGGGCACUAUGUUUCGAAAGCACUACAGCGAUCUUUUGGACAUGCUGAAGAUGUUGAGGAGCUCCAUUCCUUUGCGAGCUGAGUUCGUCCAGGCGUAUUUUGCAGCGUACUUGAUCAGCUACGUGCGCCCGCAGCGCUCGUGGUCCACCGAACUCGUUCCGCUGAGUAUCCCAGCCUCAGUGCAAGCCAGCUAUUCAGAGGUCUUGGACGAGUGUCGUGGGCGAGGAGCGCAAAACUUUGUGAAGGUCCUGGCUCGGAUGCGUUGUUUGUUGAGCACUUCCUUGCAGCAAGACGCACUCCCUCUUAGCCAAGCUGUUUGGACUACAGUGCAAAAGCUGAGGGCGGAAGGUCGCCGGCCCUUGGUUUUUGCUUCCACGGAGCGAGAGGCAGAAGCUUUGGUGCGGCACAUCGCUUGCGCCAGACGCUUCAGACGGAGUCAUCCCAAGCACUGCAAAGGCUGCGAUCUUUGCAGGAACUUCAAUAAGCAUCUUAGCUCAACACUCCAAAUUAGAAGUCCGUCAGGCUCAGAAUCUCAGGAAGAGCUGCUGAUUUUCACCGUGGGCGCUGACUCAGCUGGAUUGAAUCUGCAAUCCCUGGGAGAUGCAUUGGUUCUGCGAAGCGGACACAUGAAGAGGCAGAGCCGUGGCCGUUUUGAAGACAUACGAACAGCCUACUUGGAUUAUCCUGAGUUCUCUUCGGGCGUGCAGGGAGGCCUGUCCUUGAAGCCUCCAAAGAUGCCAGACAACCAGUUCCCACAGCUGACUCCUUACAAGCGUCUUGAUGCAGAGCGGCUCCUGGAGUUCUAUCGCACGAAGGCACUGGGCAUCUGGAAAGAGGAAUUGCAAAGGGCAAGCGGGGCAGAGAAACCCCUGGCGAUGACCUACGAGAGGUGCUUUCCCAGCUUGGUUGAUGACCUCUGCAGCGCUGGGGCUGGACUCAUGCCGGAAGAUGACGGAAAGCUUCACCCUCUUAGUCUGGCUACAGCAAGUGAGCUGGUUGAGUUGGCUGUCAUGGCACCUCUGAUGUUCAGCGACCUGACCGCUGGAUCUUGUGCCAAGCAAGGUUUUUGCUACCAAUGCCUCGAUGGGAAAGGGCGCGGUGCCAUUUUUAGCUCUGGACUUCAUGACGAGAAGGUUGGGCUUCUUUGGCGUGGCUUCGACAAGCGGACUGGCUACACCAGACCGGCCUUCCAAGCCUUUCUUGCUCUUCCUCAACUUUGUGGUGCUCUUUGUCAAAAAUGGCCUGGCUUCACCAUGGAGGCCUUCAAGGAGGCAGUCGUGGCAUCUUGUGCUUUUGGAAGUAUUCACCAGAAGGAGUUUGAGUUCCGAUUGUUGGUCAUCUACCUGGGCGCAGAGGAAGGUGGAUUUGAAGGGCUCGACUGCGUGUUUGUGAACGACCUCUUGGCCGCGCUUGAAGUCCGGUCGGCUGCGUCUCCUCAGAGUUUGCUGCACGCCGCCCUGAUUCACGUCGGAUACCUCGUUCAGAAUGAUGAUCGGUUCAGGCACGUGGUGCAGUUGAUUGGUCCGCCCACCGCCAUUUUAGAGCUCCUGGGCAAGGGAAGGCCUGAUCCCUUCACCACCUUGGUCCAGACUGUAUGCCAUCAGCAGCUCAGCGUGAAGGUUUGCCAGGGCAUGUUUCAACGCUUGCUGAGUCUUUGUGGUAACAGGGACUCCAAGAUACUGCACCCUGAGCAAGUGCUGCAGGAGUCACCAGACAAGAUUAGAGAAGUGGCCAAGCUCUCGUAUCGAAAGAUCCAAUAUAUUCAGGGGAUUGCUCAGCGCUUCUUAGAUGGCACGUUAAAUAGUGAGAUCUUUGACCAGGCCUCUGACCAAGAAGUACGUGAGCGCAUGAUGCAGCUUCCGGGCAUCGGCGAGUGGACCUUGGAAAUGUUCUUGAUCUUCCAACUACACCGGCACGGAGGGAUCCCAUUCGGCGACGUGGCCAUCCAAAGUGCCAUGAAGCUCAUUUACAACAUUGCUCCGCCUGCAGAGCUCACCACGAAGAACGAGGUCUCAUGGAUGCCAAGCAAAGCGCAAAUGGAGCCUUUCGCCAUGCGCUGGGGACCCUUUGGUAGCAUCGCAUCGCUUUACUUGCUGCGGGUUGCAGACAAUGUCAAUGCCAUUUUUCUGCCUCUUGGCACAACAAGAAUCCGGGCAUUGUCUCCAAGGGUUCGUUUGAACCAGCGAGGAAGAUCAAAAGCUAGAUUGGUGCCAUUGUCCUGA